AUGGAUAAUUGUAAUCCAAUCUUAACACCAAUAGAAGAGAGACUGAAGUUGACAAGAGAAGGAUCAGGAGAGCUUGUGAAUUCAACAGACUUUAAAGGUCUUGUUGGAUGUUUGAUAUAUUUGACUGCUACAAGAUUUGAUAUCAUGUAUGCAGUUAGAUUGGUUAGCAGAUUUAUGGAAGAACCCAUACAAUCAUAUUUACAAGCUGCAAAACGUAUUCUGAGAUAUGUUAGAGGUACAAUCAGUAUGAGAAUUCUCUAUAAUGUUUCAGAAGAUCCAAAACUAGUUGGAUUUACUGAUAGUGAUUGGGCUGAAGCUGAGUAUAUAGCUGCUAGCAAUUGUGCUACACAAGCUGUGUGGUUGAGAAUGAUGCUGAAGUCAUUGUUUGAAGAACAGAAGACACCAACAACAAUAGUUUGUGAUAAUAAGUCUACAAUUCAUUAA